AAGAGUCUGCAGUGAAUGUCUAAAAGAUGACACCGGUAAAAUCAUGAGCGCUAUGGAAAAAUAUGGAAAUGGUCUUCUGAAAUGUAUAUGACUUAUUUGACAGUGGAGCGCUCAUUGUUGACGCACGGCUGAUGAAACCGGUGAUUGCUUCCUACUUCGAGAAGACGGUUAAACAUUUAUGAUAUAUUUUGUUUUUAUCUUGGAGGAAAAAUAGCUAUAGAGGUUUAUAGUGAAAAUGGUUUAUAUGCCUUGCUAUUUAUGGACCAUUGAUCGUCUUGAUUACUCUGAAAUUAUCUGGGAGUAAAACUCCAAAUCGAUGGGUGUCAAGCGGGGAUUGACGUGCUCCUUGAAGCGUCUUGUUGUCAUGACGAUAUGGAUCGGGAUCGGAUGUCUUGCUAUCAGUGUGUUUCGCGCCCCUUCCGAAUAUGACAUGUCACGUGACCCGUCCAGAUCACAGCUCCUCCCACUUUUAAGGGCCGAUGUUAGCAGACAAAUAAACAUGCAUCCUGAUACGACAUCUUCUCGAGACAAGAACAGUGACCAGCUGGCUGGUAUGAAAGGAAAAGAGGAGAAGAAGUCAGGUGACGAACCUAAACGGGUGGUUAAGGUGGUUAGGGUCAUACGUCGAGUUGUUCAGAAAGUGGUCACCUCCGAUGCUGACCAAACCUCAACGAAGGACGUCCUCAAAUUCUUUAGUCACGCCUCUAAGCUUCACCCAGUAUCAGCAUCCAACAACGAGAACAGAAAUUUUCCAGUCACGGACAAGUUAUGGAAAUUCAGUAAGAUGGAGGCAGAGAAGAUCUACCUCUUUAGGCAGCUACUAUCAAAACCUUGGAAACCUAACCCAGAGCAUCUUCGUCAAUUCAGGUAAUGAAUAUAUCCCCGUACGAUUGUCCUACGAACCAAUUUAAUACGAGACGAAGUUCUUUCAAAUGAUAGUAUGCCAAUGUAUCCAACCAUUUUAUAUCAUCUUUGUAAUGAAUACUAGAAAAGUGAAUAUUUUUCGAAUUGAGACAAAACGUUUAUGAUGCAUGGAUGUAGAUCUGAAUCUUCUUCCGAUUGCAGGCAAUGUAAUGGUAUCCCAGGAAAUUGAGUGUUUGUGCGUUGUACUUAAUAAUCAAUAUAUUAUUGUGGUAAGCUAUGGUAAAAUCUUGUAAAUAAUUUAUUAGGUUUAUAAUAGUGUGCAGAUUUUCGCCAUUUUCCAAAAUGUAGAUGCAGUAUAUGAUAUGAAUGGAGAGAGUAAGAGAGGGGGGGGGGGGGGAGAUGACCAUACCUGUCAUAUCAUUGUACCUUCAUAAGGAAUUUUCGUUCUGUACUAGGGUGAUUGGAAAAUAUGCAUAAGAUGCGCUUCCUCUUUGGUUUAAUCCAUCCACCACUUUCUACCAGCGGCGUAAUGUGCAAAAAAAAAAAUGAGGGGCCAGAUAUGGAGUAUCGGGCAAAAUUUAUAAAAAGUUGCGAGCGAGCAAAAAAAUUCACAAUUUUUACUACAAAACUGCAAUUUUGUAAUGGAUUUUGACAUAACGUUUUGAAAAUAAUGUCAUAAUUCACCCUUCUCUUUUUUUUCUUGAUCACUAAAAAUUUGGGAUGUCCAUGGUGUCCAAAUCCCCCCCCCAUCUGUACGUCAGACUAAUAACAUAACCCUGCUCAAAUUGAUCACCUGUUACCUUUCAGGACGCCGACACAACUACUUUCUAGUCUUACAAAUCUUAACGAUAUAUUCGUAGGACGGAAACACUUAUCACACCCAAUGAAAGAAUUAUAUAUAGUUUUCAACCUUCGUAAAAGCAUCCGUCGUCCUAAACGAAAUUCGGAGUUUUAGCAUCCUAAAGUAUAUGGCAACAAUAGAUCUUCGGUUCGUGUGCAAAUUCUUGUUAAUACUACAUGCAUGGAGUAGCUCCAUAUAUGCUACCUGUAUGGAAAGAGCGACAUGUCUAUAUCACCGCAUGCGACACCAUUAUCAUGCAUGCAUGCAUAACCAUUUCGCAAGUUGUGACAUGAGAAAAUCCCGUUCUUUGACAAGC